UCAAGCUUACCUCCACCGCUCGACGAAUCCCAUCGCUAACCCAGAACAUUCGGUCCCGAAAUUUACAAUUUACAGCUAUCAAGCGCGGAGGCGGGAGCAGCGAGCAGCGCUCGGCCGGCGACCCCACCACGAUGGCAUCAGCAACCGGCCGCGCGGCCGCGGGCGCGUCCGGCGACGGCGGGGUCCUCACCUCGAUGGUGGGGAUGUACCAGCACCAGCUCCGCGACGACGCCUUCGGCACCCUAGGCGGCGGACACUGCGGUGAGCAGCCACGGCUCGCCGGCGGCGGCGCCCCGUCCUCCUCCUCUCCCUCGGCUGCUCUCGCCCCGCCCCUGGCACAGGCGCAUGGCGGCGAUCAGCCGCGGCAGCUGUUCGAAGUGCUAGUCGGCGGGGGGAGCCUGCUGCGCGGCCCGGGAGGCGGCAAAGGCAGCGGCGCGGUUGGGGAUCUGGGGGUGCUGGUGCGGUGGAUGCGGGAGCUCGCAGCGGAUCCUGUGGCCCCGCUGCCGGCGCCGUCGGAGCACAGGGCGAGGAAGCGGCACGUGCUGGCUUUGCGGCGUGCACGCUACCUCAGAUUGGAGGACGUGGCGGACGCAGAAGAGCUCCCCAGCUUCUCCAAGAAAAGGAAGCUCCACUGGGACAAACAUAAAAAGAAAGGGUGCUUUAACAUGCCAACAAGGAAAUCGGAGAGACUAGCUAAGAGAAUGAAACUCAUGGCAUCAUUGCUCCUCACACAACGGAAAAAGAUUGGAGUAGGUGAGCACUUUCAGGCAGAGAUACCUGAAUGGACCGGGCAACCUUCAGGGAAAGAGCUUUCAUGUUACAGGAGUGACCCAGAGACAUCAAAGAUGUUAGGAACUACAAUUUGGCCUCCUGGAGGUGAUGUUAACAAAACCGAUAUUGUAGCUGUUGGGCGGGGAAGACCAGAAUCAUGUAGUUGCUCUUUCCCAGGAUCCUUCUUCUGCAGACAGCACCACAUAAAUGAAGCAAGAGAUCGGCUGCGAUCUGAACUUGGUCAAGCUUUCACAAUAUGGCAGUUUGAUUCAAUGGGGGAACAGGUUUCUAAGUUUUGGAGUCAUGAUGAGCAACUAAAGUUAAACACACUUGAACUAUUGGUUCCUGUUAUGGACCAAAAGACAUAUUGGGCAGUUGCGUCAAAAAAAUUUGCUUCAAAGCCCAGGAUAGAUUUGAUAAAGUACUACUUGAAUGUGUUCCUGAUGAGAAGGGUGUUGAGCCAGUGCAGAUUGGGUCUUCUGGAAAUUGACAGUGACGAAGAUGAAGUGGAGGAAGAGGAGGAUGAAGAUCAGCCUGAAGGCUCCAGCUCUCUUCAGAGGACCCAAGAUGAAACGACCCGGGUUUCCGAACGGAGAACCCGAAUCCCUGUAUCGUCGUGAUAGUUACUGGAUCAGUAGCCAUCACAUACAGAACUCAUUUUAGACAGUAAAUCUGGUCAUACUCACUUAAAUGAUUCAAACAUGGGUUUAAUUAUUACAAAAUCCAGAGGAUUUGCAUUACAAAUCUUUU